CAAAAAAAGUAUCCAACUAUCGUAUUGUUUCCAAAUGUCGAUAUACGGUCAUUCUUGACUGCACUGUCAGUUGAAUUUUUAUUGAACAUUUAUAAAAUCAAGAGAUAUUUCUUUUUACAUUAUUAUUAAGUAAUACUACUUUCCAGUUAUGUUGCGCUUGGGCAUGCGAAAAUCUUUGGCAUCUUGCAAAAAUGACAUUUUCAAAGUGGUGCAGCGUGGUGCGGCAUACGUGAUAGAGCACCACAACCACGACGCGCUGGUGAUCGGCGCGGGCGGCGCGGGGCUGCGCGCGGCUGUGGGGCUUGCUGAGCAGCAGUUCUCUGUGGCCCUUGUCUCGAAGUUGUUCCCCACGAGGUCUCACACUAUAGCCGCCCAAGGAGGAAUGAAUGCUGCCUUAGGUAGUAUGCACGAAGACGACUGGCGAUGGCAUUACUACGAUACCGUGAAAGGUUCCGAUUGGCUCGGAGAUCAAGACUCCAUACAGUACCUGACCCAGCAAGCACCCAUUGUGACAAUGGAGCUCGAGAACAUGGGGAUGCCGUUCUCCCGAAACAAGGAGGGCAAAAUCUACCAGAGAUCCUUCGGUGGUGGCACCAUACAACAAGGGAAAAGCAUCGCCAAGAGGACCUGCUGCGUCGCUGACCGUACGGGUCACGCCCUCCUGCACACGCUGUAUGGCUACAGCACCAAGUUCAAGAACAUCGACUACUUCACGGAGUUCUUUGUGCUGGACCUCCUCGAACAGGACGGGGCUGUGGUGGGCGCUCUCGCUAUGGACAUGGAGAACAGUACCCUGCAUAGGUUCCAAGCAAAGAAUACAGUGAUCGCCACUGGGGGCUAUCCGAGAAUGUAUUUCUCGUGUACUGCCGCGCACACUUGUACAGGCGACGGGUGCGCUAUGGCAUCCCGUAUAGGGAUACACCUGCAGGACAUGGAGUUUGUGCAGUUCCAUCCCACUGGUAUGUACGGCUCCGGAUGUCUGAUGACGGAAGGUGCACGAGGAGAAGGUGGAUACCUGGUGAACAGCGAGGGCAAACGCUUCAUGGAGAAGUAUGCGCCCAAAGCGAAGGACCUGGCCAGCAGAGACGUCGUGUCACGGUCUAUCGCCACGGAGAUUAAGGAAGGCCGUGGCGUAGGACCGAAGAAGGACCACAUGUUCCUGCAGUUGCACCAUCUACCCCCGGAGACGAUCAAGGAGAGGCUGCCCGGCAUCUCGGAGACUGCCAUGACCUUCACUGGCGCUGACGUGUACACGCAGCCCGUGCCCAUCAUACCCACCGUGCAUUACACCAUGGGUGGCAUCCCCAUCAACUACAAGGGAGAGGCGCUCGUGCACGAGAACGGUUCGGACUGCGUGGUGCCGGGGCUGCACGCGUGCGGCGAGGCGGUGAGCAACUGUCACGGCGCCAACCGGCUCGGGGCCAACUCGAUCCUCGACGUGGUGGUGUUCGGCAAGGCCAUCGGCAUUAACAUCGGCAAGCAGCACAAGCCCGGCGACAAGCAGCCGCACCUGAAAGACAACAUCUGUGACGCCAGUAUUGACAACUUUGACAAGAUACGUCACGCCAACGGUUGCGUGCCACCGCACGAGCUUCGCCAUGAGAUGCGGUUCACCAUGCAAAACAAAUGCGGGGUGUUUAGAGACUCCAACCUUUUGGGAGCAGCCGAUACAGAAAUCAGGAAGUGGUAUUCCGCCUUCAAAGACAUCAAGGUGACGGACAGACGGCUGAACUGGAACAGCGACCUGGUGGAGACCCUCGAGCUGCAGAACAUGCUGGAGAGCGCGGUGCAGGUGGUCGCCUGCGCCAAGAACAGGACGGAGAGUAGGGGGGCGCACUUCAGGGACGACUUCCCGAAGAGAAUAGACGAGUUUGACUACAGCAAAGAUAUAAAGGGACAGACACAGAAGACAAUGGACCAGCACUGGAGGAAGCACAGCAUGUCGAUGGUGGACCGGAAGACCGGUGACGUCACUAUAUCGUAUCGACGCGUCAUCGACCAGCCCAUCAACGACGACGUGGCGUGGGUGCCGCCUGUGCCCAGGGUCUACUGAUGUCCAAACAUGUGUUAAGAACAUUCCCCUGUCUAUUUAUUGUCCAUAAAUUUUUCGAGUUACUGUCUUUUGGA